ACCCUCACACUCACACCAACCAUCUUCGACCCCACCACAUGGCACUAAAAGCACCAUAAAAGAUUCCAUAAUCCUUUGCUUUUUCACCCUUUUCCUCUCUUCUUCCCCACCACCACCACCACCACCACCUAAAAUAACACAGACUAAAUUACGUUUUCUUUUUCCCUUCCUUUCUUCAUUCUCACUCACACUCCUUUCAUUCCUUCCCUCCCUUCACUCCCUCCAACUCCAACCUAUUAUUCUUUCCACCAAACUGUUUUCAUUGUUUUUUCUAUUAUUCCUAUUCAACCUUCACAUUAGGGCGAGUUUCUCGUUUCAACCAUGUCUCCGACGCCGGAAUAUUCAUUCGCCGUCGAGUACGACGGUCCACCGUUAGGCUACAAUCUCCCCCGUGCAGUCCCCAUAAGCGUCGACAACAUUCCGGUAGCUUCCGUGGUUUCUCAGGUUUCUUCCUCCGACACUCUCUCUUUACCGGUUGUGCAGCCACUCCUACCACCACAACAACAACAUCACAAUCACAAUCUCCAUCGUCAUCACCAUCCUGUGAAUGUGAAGGAGGUUAGAACACUCGACUCCGAACCUAGGGUUUCCAAGGAGCUCCAAUUAGCUUCUGAGAUUACGGUUUCGCCGACUUCCGUUAUCGCCUUCGAGCACCGGACUUCGCAGAGCAAUGUUUGUGAGCUUUCCGGUGAAUUGAGCAGCUCCGGCGCGUUUGAGUUUUCGAACGGGAAUGACGGUGAGUUUUCCGAUUUGGGAGGUAGUUCUAGGGUUCCGGAGGAGUCGGUGGGAGGUGGAACUGGAAGCUCUAGAACUGCGGAGUUUAGUGAUUCUAGGGUUUUGAAAGAGGAUGGAAACGAGAGUUUGGAUUUCAAUGAGUCGAAUCGGCAAGAUUGGGCGUCUAAUGAGUCUGUGCUGAGUUUGGAGUAUCCGUCGACUCGGGUUUCUUCUUUGAAGGGUGAGGAAUUUGAUGCUCGACGCACCGUUGCUGUUACUUUCAAUGUGGAUGAUUCUGAUGAUGCUUCUGAGGAGGAGUUUGAUGUGGAGGAAAAUGUAACUAGACCGGUUAGAAGGGAGCCUCUGACCAAGGGAAAGAAAGGGUCAUGCUAUAGAUGCUUCAAGGGGAACAGGUUCACUGAUAAGGAGGUUUGUCUGGUUUGUGAUGCCAAGUAUUGCAGUAAUUGUGUGCUUAGAGCUAUGGGGUCGAUGCCGGAGGGUCGCAAAUGUGUUACUUGCAUAGGGUUUCCAAUAGACGAGUCAAAGCGAGGGAAUUUGGGGAAAAGCUCCCGGAUGCUCAAGCGUUUGCUUAAUGACUUGGAGGUUCGGCAGAUAAUGAAGGCGGAGAGGUUUUGUGAAGCAAAUCAGCUUCCACCUGAAUACAUUUGUGUGAAUGGGAAUCCGCUUUCUUAUGAGGAACUGGUUACCUUGCAGAACUGUCCAAACCCUCCAAAGAAGCUUAAGCCAGGAAACUAUUGGUAUGAUAAGGUGUCUGGUUUCUGGGGGAAGGAAGGAGAGAAGCCUUCCAGUAUUAUUAGUCCCCAUUUGAAUGUUGGAGGGCCCAUUCUACCGGAUGCUAGUGAUGGAAACACUCAGGUUUUCAUUAAUGGCCGGGAGAUAACAAAAGUAGAGCUUCGGAUGUUGCAGUUGGCAGGAGUUCAAUGUGCUGGCAACCCACAUUUUUGGGUUCAUGAGGAUGGUUCCUACCAAGAAGAGGGACAGAAGAAUACAAGAGGGUAUUUAUGGGGCAAGGCUGGAACGAAGCUUGUAUGUGCUUUCUUGUCCCUCCCAGUUCCUUCUAAAUCUUCAAAUGCUGUUGGAGAACAAUACUCCAACCUGGCUAGCAGAACAAUUCCUAACUACCUCGAGCAUGGAAUAGUUCAGAAGCUUCUCUUGGUUGGUUGCAGUGGAUCUGGAACGAGCACUAUUUUUAAGCAGGCCAAAAUUCUUUACAAAAGCAUCCCCUUCUCAGAGGAGGAGCGUGAAAAUAUUAAGUUAACCAUCCAGAGCAAUGUUUAUGCCUACCUUGGCAUACUCCUUGAGGGACGUGAGCAUUUUGAAGAUGAAAGCUUGGCAGAUUUGAAGAAAAGGAAAUCCUCUGAGCUUGAUACCACUGGAACCAGUGCAAAACUUGAUGACAAGACAGUAUAUUCCAUUGGUGCAAGGCUCAAAGCAUUCUCUGAUUGGUUGCUGAAAACUAUGGUAUCAGGCAAACUUGAUGCUAUCUUUCCAGCUGCUACUCGUGAAUAUGCACCACUGAUUGAGGAGUUGUGGAACGAUGCAGCCAUUAAGGCCACAUAUGGAAGAAGAGGUGAAUUAGAAAUGCUGCCUAGUAUUGGUAGUUAUUUCUUGGAGCGGGCUGUUAAGAUAUUAAGGACUGAUUAUGAACCCUCAGAUUUAGAUAUUCUCUAUGCUGAGGGAGUUACUUCGUCCAAUGGGCUGGCUAGUAUGGAGUUUUCAUUUCCCCAAUCAGCUCAUGAGGAAACUGUUGACACUGCUGAUCAACAAGGUUCAUUGUUUAGGUAUCAACUGAUAAGAGUGCAUGCUAGGGGGCUCGGAGAAAAUUGCAAAUGGCUAGAGAUGUUUGAGGAUGUUGAAAUGGUCAUCUUCUGUGUUUCCUUGAGCGACUAUGAUCAGUUUUCUGUUGAUGGAAAUGGUUGUCUCACUAACAAGAUGAUAUUGAGCAGGAAGUUUUUUGAAACCAUUGUCACUCAUCCAACUUUUGAGCAAAUGGAUUUCCUGUUGAUAUUAAACAAAUUUGAUCAGUUUGAGGAGAAAAUUGAACAAGUUCCUCUGACUACUUGUGACUGGUUCUCUGAUUUUCAUCCAAUAAUUAGCCGCAAUCGCACCAACAGCCAUAGCAACAGCAUUAAUAGUAAUCCCUCUCUUGGCCAACUAGCUUCCCAUUACAUAGCAGUUAAGUUUAAAAGGCUUUAUUCAUCUCUUACCGGACGAAAGUUGUACGUGUCCCCGGUGAAGGGUUUGGUGCCUGAUAGUGUUGAUGGAGCACUUAGAUACGCCAAGGAAAUUUUGAAGUGGAACGAAGAGAGACCAAACUUCAGCUUAAGUGAGAACUCAAUGUAUAGCACUGAGGCAAGUUCAUUCUCUCCUUGAUUGCCAAUUCAGGCAAGAGUUGCAAGUCUAUACUCGUGUAUGACUUGAAUUCUGUCUGUGUACAUAUGUUGCUAACUAGGAUUAACAGGGAAUGUGCCUUCUACAAGCUAUCAACUUGUAAAAUACACUCGACACGUAGAUACGAUUUCAAGCCUUUAGUCAGCAUAUGUUGAGUCAGUCAGCACAUGUCACACAGAUGAAGAUGUAAUGUUCAAAUUCAAUUUUUUUUUACAUGAUAAGGUGAUAUCUUGAUGUUUGAAUUUGUA